UAAAAUGCAUGUUUAGACCGCGCAGGUGCGCACUCGCCGACCGGUCGAUAAUCGAUACCGAGCCACCUCCACCGCUCUCCGCAACCGACACAACAUCAACCCGCAGUCUGCCGCUGCCGUCUCUUGCCUCCAAAACGUGACAAUAUUAUAGCAGUGAACUAUUAUAACCCCGCACCGAUCCGCCUCCGCCGACCAGAAGCAGCUGCCGCGGCCACCAUAGCGUAUCGGAACGUUUGUUUACGUUUCCAAUAUCAUUUAUCAUUAAUAAUAAUAAUAAUAAUCGUUGUUAUUACGAUAAUAUUUUACCUAUCUAGCGCGGUCCGCGCUUCCGUCUUUUUUUUCUUUUUUCCAUCCAUUUUCCCCACCACCGUUGCCGGUUUGCGCGAUACAAACAAUAAUAAUUUUUCGUUUUGCUCAUCACCAACGCCGCCGACGCCGCCGCUACCGUCCCCACCGCGCCGCUACCACGACCAUCCGACCACCCACCCCGAACCACAUCUUGGUUAUCAGUAAAACGCGGCGUCUUCCGAGUCCCGACGCGACCGUCGACAGUGGUGUUCGAGCGAUAAAACAACGAAACUCCCGCGUCGCAAAGCGGUAAUAGGACGUACGCCGACAAACGCCAGUGGGGACGACCGUGUGAACCGAACACCCGCGCGCCGGUUCUCUAGGCCGUGAGGACGAUAUGCAAACGGCGAGUCGCCGACGGUAGGUAGCGAUAACGGACGCGCGCGCCAUGCAUCACGGCGGACGACGGACACCCGACCGGCAUUGAGCACCCACUGCGACCGAGGAACUGUGUGUGAAGCGGACCCAGUGGACGUCAUUCUACACCUAUAGGUGUGUAUCUCUAUAAAUAAUAUAAAUUUGUCGUGGACAAUCGAUUGUAUUCAAAAUGGCAGUUCAUGGGUCAACACCCAAGCGUAAAGAAAUUUACAAACAUGAGGCGCCAUGGCCGCUGUACAGUAUGAACUGGUCUGUGCGGCCCGAUAAACGAUUUCGCCUGGCGAUUGGGAGCUUUGUAGAGGAAUACAAUAACAAAGUACAAAUUGUGUCAUUAGAUGAAGAAGUAUCGGAAUUCAGUCCUAAGAGCACAUUUGAUCAUCCGUAUCCAACGACCAAAAUUAUGUGGAUUCCUGAUAGUAAAGGAGUAUUUCCCGAUUUAUUAGCUACAAGUGGUGAUUAUUUACGAAUCUGGAGAGCAGGUGAACCAGAAACAAGACUGGAAUGCAUUCUUAAUAAUAACAAGAAUUCAGACUUUUGUGCCCCGUUAACCUCAUUUGACUGGAAUGAAGUCGAUCCAAACUUAAUUGGUACAUCAAGUAUAGAUACCACAUGUACAAUUUGGGGUCUUGAAACAACUCAGAUUGUUGGACGAAUUAAUUCUGUUGCUGGGCAUGUGAAGACUCAACUUAUUGCCCAUGAUAAAGAAGUGUAUGAUAUAGCAUUUAGUCGUGCUGGAGGUGGCCGUGAUAUGUUUGCUUCAGUUGGGGCUGAUGGUUCAGUUAGAAUGUUUGAUCUGCGGCAUUUGGAACAUUCUACAAUAAUUUAUGAAGAUCCUCAGCACUCACCAUUACUUAGGCUCGCAUGGAACAAGCAAGAUCCCAAUUAUCUUGCUACAGUUGCUAUGGAUGCAUGCGAAGUUAUUAUAUUGGAUGUCAGAGUGCCUUGUACACCUGUGGCUAGAUUAAACAAUCAUAGGGCAUGUGUUAAUGGAAUUGCAUGGGCUCCACAUUCGUCUUGCCAUAUAUGCACUGCUGGCGAUGAUCACCAGGCCCUUAUAUGGGAUAUCCAACAAAUGCCUAGGGCCAUUGAAGAUCCAAUCCUAGCAUAUACCGCUGCAGAAGGUGAAAUCAAUCAAAUUCAAUGGGGUGCCACUCAACCAGACUGGAUCGCCAUUUGUUACAACAAGUCGUUGGAAAUAUUACGAGUGUAGUAAUACUGUUGGACUGUAAAUGUUGUAAAUGCAUUAUUAUUAUAUAAUAUACUGUUUUUAUUUUUAUCAAACUUUUCACACCAAUACAAAUUAUUUGACUCAGAUUUUACUAACAAGACUUACAAUUAUUAUUUCUUACUCAUGAUUUAUAAGAGACCGUGAUUUAUUUUUUAUUUUUGGUUAAUUUGUUUUUAUGUUUUCCUGAGUUAUAUUAUUCUAAUAAAAUUUUACAACAUAGUCCAAUACUUUGUAUUAUUAAAAAUUUUAGUAUAAAAUGUAUUUCGUUAACAGCCCGCCGGUAGAUGAUUUUUAGCCUGUAUUUAUAAUGAAGAAGAAUACUCUUAUAGUAAUUAUGUAUAUUUUAGUGUGUCGACAUUUGGUUUUUCAAUUGUUGUAAGCUAGAAAAAUAAUUAUAAAAAUAAAUGAUAUAUAUUAUAAAUUUAUUUUUAUUAUUUAAAUAGUGGUGUCCAACACAUUUAUGUUUAAGCAAAUAUUAUAUAAGAUCAAUAAUUUGCGAUAUGUAAAUAUUUAUCAAGUAUCGAUAAUAUUAAUUACUUUUUGACGAUUGUGUGAUUUUUUUUUAAAUUUUUUAUGGUAAAUUUAAUUUUUGCUAAUCGCAUUUGUAUAAAAACGCAAUAAUUAAUUUUUAUAUUUUUAUACAGUGUGGUGUCAGUGUAAAUGCAACGACUAUUUGAGUAACCCACUGUUAGUAUUUUAAGUAUAAUUAAUAAAUAGUUAUUUACUAGUAACAUGUAAGUUAUUAAUACUUAAAGUCAACUGUUUUAAUGAUAACAAUUAAAUAAUUUUAAUCCAUUUUUUACAAUUAUCAACUGUGCACAUUAACUAAUACCUCAUUAUUUAUUUUGAGCUGCGCAUUAUUAAAUUAAACUAUACUUGCAGGCACUAGAUAUGUUUUUCAAUAAAAUAAAUUGUUGCUAGAUAAAAAAAAAAAAAAUUGCAUAUUAUAAUUAAAUAAGUUGAAAAAAUCCACAGUUGAAUCUUAGUGUAUCACACGAGAAAUAAACAAUAAAUUCAAAUUUACAACUACAUGUUUUUAUGCGUUUCUUUAAAUAAUAUGAAGUAUUAAAUUAUACACUAGUUGAAAAUCUCACGAAUUUUUUGAUUUAAGUUGACAUUUUUAGCAAUAUUGCAGUUAAUUGUAAACAAUUUCAAUAUUGGGUUAUUAAAUAAUUAUAAAAUCUUUAACUGUUCAAUAUAAAACAAAAUGUGUUAAAAUGCUUCAAAACUAUGAAUACUAUAAACAUAUUUUGUACACAUCAAUGUCAAACUAUCAUAAUUAUUAUAUAUAUUUAAUAUUUAUAAUAAAUAUAACUUUUUUGAUGAGGAAA